AACGCGGUCAUUAAGGAUACUCUUUGUCGUUAUAUCCCCACCACCAAAUCCGUGCAAGACCCCACAAUCAAAACAAAUCGACCACGCGUGCUUUUCCCGCAGCAAUUACGUCACGUAAGCCCUCCCCCUUCCCCGCAAGUAAACAGAAAACACGGAGGAAAACGUCCAUGACAGUCGCCAUACGUGUGUUUGGUGCGGUGGAUGUGCUGCGAGUGAUGAAGGCGGACGCUAACGUGUCGUCUCCCGUGUGUUUGUAGCUAAACUCGGGGGAUUUUUUUUGGAGGGCCAGCUGACUCGCGCUGGAGGAGCGAUGAAGGGAGAGGCGGAAGUGAAGUCACUUGACAGACCGUCCAUGUUAUUAUUGUUAUUUUGGUAGCCCUGUGAUGAGACAGGCUGGGGAGCCGUUGGUCUCCGAGACAACGACCGUUAACGGUUACCGCCACAGGACGCUCCGGACCGACACCACCAUCAACACCACCACCACCACCACCACCGCCACCACCUCACUGACCCGGAGACAGGAGCCUCGCUGACGGCUGGGUCAGGAGGGGGGAGCAGGAGCAGGAGGAGGAGGAGGAGGAGGGUGUGAGGACCCAGCUCCAGCUCGGCUCCUACACUCCGGCCGACCAAAAAUAAAACGGCGACAAAAACAAUAACGGCAGUCGUCAAACGGCUCGACUGGUGUGUGUGCGGUGUGUGAGCAGGGACGUGCCGCCGCAGACAUGAACGGUAUCACCAAGGGCCGGUUCGAGGUGUUCUCAAACAGCGAUGAAGCUCCCAUUAACAAGAAGCUCCCCAAAGAGCUUCAUCUUAGAAUAUUCUCCUAUCUAGAUGUGGUUACACUCUGUAGGUGUGCCCAAGUAUCCAAGGCGUGGAACGUCCUGGCCUUAGAUGGCAGUAACUGGCAGAAGAUUGACUUGUUCAACUUCCAGACAGACAUAGAGGGCCGGGUGGUGGAGAACAUUUCGAAGCGUUGUGGAGGCUUCCUGAGGCAGCUGAGCCUCAGGGGCUGCCUGAGCGUGGGAGAUGCCUCCAUGAAGACAUUUGCUCAGAACUGCAGAAACAUCGAAGUGCUGAACCUGAACGGCUGCACCAAGAUCACAGACAGCACCUGUCUCAGCCUCAGCAAGUUUUGCUCCAAACUCAAACAGCUAGAUCUGACCUCCUGUGUGUCCAUCAGCAACCAUUCCCUAAAGGCCCUCAGCGAUGGCUGCAGAAUGCUGGAGAUGUUGAACCUGUCGUGGUGUGACCAGAUCACACGUGAUGGCAUUGAGGCUCUGGCUAGAGGCUGCAAUGGUUUACGAGCACUGUUCCUCAGAGGCUGCACACAGCUGGAUGAUGGAGCAUUGAAACACCUUCAGAAACACUGCCCAGAACUCACCACCAUCAAUAUGCAGUCUUGCACACAAAUAACAGAUGAAGGCCUGGUCAGUCUAUGCAGAGGAUGCCACAAGCUACAGAUCCUUUGUGUGUCUGGCUGCAGUAACAUCACCGAUGCCUCCCUUACUGCAAUGGGACUCAACUGUCCCCGACUCAAGAUCCUUGAAGCUGCACGAUGCUCCCAUGUUACAGACGCUGGGUUCACUGUGCUGGCCAGGAAUUGUCAUGAGCUUGAAAAAAUGGACUUAGAAGAAUGUAUUUUGGUGACCGAUAACACCCUGGUUCAGCUCUCUAUCCACUGCCCUCGCCUGCAAGCACUGUCCCUAUCCCACUGCGAGCUGAUCACAGAUGAUGGCAUCAGAGCUCUGAGCAGCAGUACUUGCGGCCAAGAGCGCCUCACAGUGGUGGAGCUGGACAACUGCCCCCUCAUCACUGAUGUGACCCUCGAGCACCUUAAGAGCUGCCAUCGCCUGGAACGCAUUGAGCUCUACGACUGUCAGCAAGUCACCAGGGCGGGCAUCAAACGCAUCCGGGCCCACCUUCCAGAGAUUAAGGUCCAUGCCUACUUUGCCCCAGUGACACCCCCUCCUUCUGUACAUGGAGGUGGCCAGCGUCUGUGCCGCUGCUGCAUCAUCCUCUGACAGUGGAGGGCCAGGGGGGGCCACCUCUGUCUACAGGUCCUGCUGCUCUGAUAUGGGCUGAAAUGGGUUGGGAUGUUGUUGUUGGUGGUGGUGGUGGUGGUGGGGCUGGGGUAGGUAUAGGGGAGAGGAGGGGCUGGACCCACUCACUGCUCCUGAUCACUGAUCAAUACAUAGACUGAUCGCCACUGAUCCCUGAUCAGUUGAACCCGCCCCUCCUCUCUCCUCUUGCCCGCCAAUCAGCAUUGGAGCAGCCCCGGGUUUGGGUGUGGAGGGAUGGGUGGAAAGAACAUGGAUGGAUGGACUUUUUCUCUCUGUCUCAUUCUCUCUUUCUCACUGUAAAGACAAAAACAGGUUCUCCAUUCUGCUCCUCACACCCCUGACUCCCCACCUGCGGGCGUAGAGGACUGCAUCUGGACAGCUGGAGAACUACAAUGCAUUAUGUUCAAACUUUUAAAAAAAAAAGUCGAUACUGUCAUCUUGGAGACAACAGUUCGCUCUCUGUGGAGUAUCAUCUCAACCAAUCACAUGACACCUCUAUGUGACCAUCCUGUGAUUCAUUCUGCUUUGACCAAUAAACACGCAGCAUGGAGGCAGCGCUGGGUUGUGGGAAAUGCAGAUCUUCUGGAUAUAAACAGUGAAGCUUUGGCACAGCCAGCUCAAUUCUCUAGUGUGGAAGAGUCGAGGAAAUAAACAGGAAGUACCGAAUGGAAAGCGUGACAUAUUUGUGCAUCAGAGAAACUUUUGUUGAGAUUUCAAUUCUGUUCAUACAGAGAAUGUUUUGCAAUGGAAAAUAAGAAUUACACUUAUGGCAACUCAAUCAAAAUUGGGUUAGGCCAACAGAAAAUUUGUUUUCUUUACUUUUUUCAGUGCUUAUUGUAAUUGUCCAUGCCUGUCUAUCCAGAGAGGGAGAUACUGUAUGUUUGUCUUUCUUUUUGUAAAGAAGAAACUGUUGCUGUUUGACAAAAAAAGGACCUCCGCAUCUAAAAGCAUUAUGUUGACUCUGUAUGCUACUGGGAUGAGUGGUCUCUCCUGUGCACUGCGUGGUUAUGUUGGCUCGUAGGCCCUGAUCCAAUCCUGUCAGUAGCCCUGUGCACUAGCUCCUACUUGACCAUUUGUUUACAUCCUGGAUUAGGUUAGCGCCACAGAAAAACUUGUUUACGCCAGUAGGUCUCCAGUCUCCCUACAAGUUUAACUGGACUGUUUUGAACUGGACUGUGAAGUUCAUUAUCCAAAUUUAUUGCUGUUUGUAUUUGGAUAUCAAUCAGGGCUAAUGUUGGUGCAACUUUGCUUCAAAACGAAAUGGAAAUUUGCUUAAAGCUGAGCUAAUAGAUAUGAGAACGUGGGCAAAGGCACCUCAACGUUUUGACAAUCAAAUGGCUUUAUGUAUUUGAAAGUUAAUUUAGUGUAGUUUUGUGUAAUUGGCAAUUUAUGGAUGAUGUAGAAUAUAUUAAAUUAUCUAUAUUCAGUAUACUUUACUCACUUAAAGCCCCAAGCAGCACAGGAGGAAUUAUUUAGAAUAAGACCCAGGUCUGAUGAGACCUGCCAAUCUACUUAAUUGGUCAGCACUGAACAAUUCCCACUCAUCUAAUCCUACAAAACACGUGUUGUGACAGCAGGAAUGUCAAAUGCAGUGACUGGAAAGCCUCAGAGCCAACAGUUUAUUUUACUCUAUACAGACACUCCUUCAGAACAACAGGAUCUUGCCAUGCCAAGUAACACCUGUAUUGAGCAUGUACCACCACUACGCAAAGCACUGAGAAAAAAACAAAACAACAAAACAGAAGCAGCUCACAAUAUUGCGCUAAACAAGAGACUGACGAGUGCUGUGUAGUGCCAAGUGCUCAAAGGCUGGGGAGAUUCGCAGAAGGACGGAUAGGACUGAAAGAAGGAGAGCAGGCAGAAAAGAUGAAGAUGGACUCGGAUACAUAGCUGACUUGACUGGCUGUGAUACUAAUGCCCUCUCUUUGACAGCUGUUUUAACAGUUUUAUGUUUCAGAAAAUAAAGAAAUAAAUGAAAAAAAUAAACAAAUGAAUAAAUAAAAGUGACUAAUAGUAAAUGUG